AACCCCCCUGAAAACAAAAAAUCACCGAAUUCUUCCAAAUAUUCGCCACUCCAUUGAAGCUCUGAGAGAAAGACGAAGACGAUGGACGACGAUGAGCUUGAGGCGAUGCGAGCUCACUUCCCUCUCUCCUUCGGAAAGAAGUCCAACGCCCAAACCCAUCUCUCUUCCGUCCACUCCGCCACCCGGCGCUCGUUAGAUCCCUCCCCUCAAAACCCUAACCCUGACGCGGCUGCUGGAGAUGAAGAGGACGGGUUGAUGAUCGGGCCUCCGAGGCCGCCUCCUCCUCCUCCUCCGUCCAGUCGAGCUGAUGAUGAUGGCGUUGGUGAUGGGGAAAUGAUUGGACCUCCGAUGCCGCCGCCGCCUUCUAGAAGAGUUGAUUCUGAUGAGGACGAGUCUGAUGAGGAAUUAGAUGAUGAGCCUGAAGAUUUUAAUCGGAUUCCGUUGAGUAAUGAGAUUGUCCUCAGAGGGCACACUAAGGUGGUUUCCGCUCUUGCGGUUGACCACUCAGGAUCAAGAGUCCUUUCAGGGAGUUAUGAUUAUACUGUUCGUAUGUAUGAUUUUCAAGGGAUGACUUCCAAACUACAAUCCUUUAGACAGGUGGAGCCAUGUGAGGGGCAUCAGGUCCGCAGUUUAAGUUGGAGUCCAACGUCAGAUAGAUUUUUGUGCGUAACAGGUUCAGCUCAAGCUAAGAUUUAUGAUCGUGACGGCCUUACCUUGGGCGAGUUCAUAAAGGGGGACAUGUAUAUACGUGAUCUCAAAAAUACAAAAGGGCACAUCUCUGGAUUGACUGGCGGAGAGUGGAACCCUAAAUCUAAAGAAACUAUUUUAACAUCUUCAGAAGAUGGAUCAUUGCGAAUAUGGGAUGUGAAUGACUUCAAAAGUCAGAAGCAGGUUAUCAAACCGAAGCUUCCUAGGCCAUCGAGAAUACCAGUUACUGCAUGCGCAUGGGAUUACGAAGGCAAGCGGAUUGCUGGGGGCAUUGGAGAUGGUUCAAUACAGGUAUGGAGCAUCAAGCCUGGAUGGGGAAGCAGACCGGAUAUAUAUGUAGAAAGAGGACAUACUGAUGAUAUCACAGGAGUCAAGUUUUCUACAGAUGGGCUGAUUCUUCUGUCAAGGAGCAUGGACAGUACACUAAAGGUCUGGGAUUUGCGGCAAAUGAAAAGCCCUCUUAAAGUUUUCGCAGACCUGCCAAAUCAUUAUGCUCAGACAAAUGCUGCUUUUAGUCCCGAUGAGCAAUUGAUUUUCACUGGAACCUCUGUUGAAAGAGAGGGCACAAGUGGCGGGUUGAUGUGCUUUUUCCACCGAAGGAGACUUGAGCUUGUAUCAAGGGUGGGAAUUUCCCAAACACACAGUGUAAUUCGCUGUGCUUGGCAUCCAAAGAUCAAUCAGGUUUUUGCAACAGUGGGGGAUAAGAAGGAAGGAGGAACUCACAUACUCUAUGAUCCAUCAAUAAGUCAAAGAGGAGCACUCGUAUGUGUUGCUAAAGCACCACGAAGCAAGUCUGUUGAUGAUUUUGAAGUGCAACCGGUGAUUCAUAACCCGCAUGCAUUGCCGUUAUUUAGAGACCAGCCUAGCCGUAAACGCCAACGAGAAAAGGCUUUGAAGGAUCCGAUGAAGUCUCAUAAGCCUGAACUCCCUAUGACUGGUCCAGGCUUUGGAGGAAGAGUUGGUACCACUAAAGGAAGCUUACUGACUCAGUAUCUUCUCAAGCAAGGAGGGUUAAUGAAGGAGACUUGGAUGGAAGAAGACCCAAGAGAAGCAAUACUUAAGUACGCUGAUGCUGCUGCAAAGGAACCGAAGUUCAUUGCACCUGCAUAUGCUGAUACUCAGCCGGAGCCUGUUUUUGAAAAAUCAGAUUCCGAGGAAGACAAAUGAUUCAAGUAUUUUUAGUAUUGACAUAGUAAGCGAACAAACCCUGGGAUGCAUGCAAGGUUGGAUUAUCAAUUGCGAGGCGAUGAAGCCAUGUGAAGGCAGAAAAGAAGAGGGUUGAAACUUGGACAGAAGUGUGGAGAGGCUUUAGGACACUCGCUGCUUGUAAUGCCCAGUUUUCUGAAACACGAACAAUAUUAUCAAUUUUCUGAAUGCAGCUUGUAUUUCUUGUUGAUAUACAGGUUAUGCUGUAAACCAUGCAAAAUUGAGGAGGAGAAAUGAGAUGGUUUUGUACAAAAGUACCAAAAAAGACUAGAAUAAAUUUAGUUGUUGCUCAUUCAGAAUCAA